AUGAGCGGAGUCCCGUUUGCACUGGUCUGCCCCUCCACCCGGGGUCUGUCUUUGGCUAUAGCUCGUCACCUUCUGCGCACUACAGACCUGCCAGUCUUCGCGACCCAUCGGUCCCAGAAUGCGCGAGACGUGCAAGACAACAUCCUUUCCCCUCUGAGGGACGUCAACCCAGAAAGACUCAAGUUACUGCACCUGGACCUCACCUCGGAAGAGACCAUAGCCUCCGCUGCCGAACAGCUUUCGAAGGCCUACCCCAGGGACGCGAAGCCCUACAUACACACUGCCUUCUUCUGCGGCGGCAUCUUGCAUCCGGAGCGUCGCCCGACGGACCUCGACCGAGACAGCGUCGAACACACCUUCCAGAUCAACGUCAUCUCGCAUCUCCUCCUCAUGAAGCACUUCUCUCGCUUCCUCCCUGCCCCCGUCUCCAAGAACGACAAGUCAAGCUCUACCUCGAAGUCGCUCUCGAAGUGGGUCCACAUGUCCGCCCGGGUGGGCUCCAUAUCCGACAACCGCCUCGGCGGAUGGUUCUCGUACCGUGCCUCCAAGGCAGCGCUCAACCAGGCCAUCCGCACAUUCGAUCUCUACCUACAGCAGAAAAGAAUACCCGCUAUAUGCGUCGGAACUCACCCGGGGACUGUGAAGACCGACCUGAGCGGGGAAUUCUGGGGCGGCGUGCCGAAGGACAAGCUGUUCGAGCCGGAAUACGCAGCGGAGAGGCUGGUGGAGGUUGUCAACAACAUGGACGAGAAGAGCCGGGGAAAGGUGUGGGACUGGGCGGGCAAGGAGGUCCCGCCGUAG